GGCCGCCUGUUUCCUGGAGGGCAAAUAGCUGCUCUGAGGAGGAUAUGACAUCACAGCGCUGAGCAAGCUGCCACAAACACACAAAGAGAGAACAAAAUGAAGACCAGAUGUAUUUCAGGCAUGUUAUCUCUUUGACACUGCAGAAUCCAGGAGAGACGUAAAACGAGCAGAAAAACAAGUUUAGCGAAGUAUGUCGGGAGGACGUGAAGAAACACAGAGGGGCAGUCAAAGUAGAGCGGCUGUUUUCUUCUCCAAUCCUCUGAUGAGUGACGUUGAAGCAGACUGGUCUCCAAUUCAUGAUGCUGCAUUUAAUGGACGCGUCCUUAACCUGCAGAGGCUCAUUGCUCAGGGUGCAUGUGUGAACCUGAGCACGCUGGACCACGUCUCCGCCCUCCACGGAGCGUGUAUGCAGGGCCAUGCAGCCUGCGCUAAGCUUCUGCUGCAAAAUGGUGCUGAUGUCAACAACGUGACGUUAAACGGACAAACGGCGCUGUCAGAAGCAUGCACCCGAGGUCAUGUGACUUGCGUAUCGCUGCUCCUUCAACAUGAAGCGAGCACAUUGGGGAGCAACCCAGCCAGCUCCCCAAUGCACAUGGCUGCAGCCAAAGGUUACCCGGAAUGUAUCGAGUCCCUUGCAGAGCAUGGCGCUGACCUGGAUCAUACCAUCGACCAAUCAGGCGCUCCUCUCCAUGUAGCUUGCUCCAAUCAGCAGCUGACUACUAUUAAGAAACUGCUUCAACUUGGUGCUAGUGCAAACAGUCAUGAUUUAGGUGACUCACCCCUACAUAUCGCGGCUCGUCUGUCCAGUCCAGAGAUGGUGUCGGUCCUGCUCAACCACGGGGCGGACGCCUCCCUACGGAACCUGGAGGGCAAACAGCCUCUGGACCUGGCACCCCCAAACAGUGUGGUAGAGAGGCUGCUCAGACAAAGUGGAGGGGUGCCCCCGCUGAUGCAGCUGUGCCGCCUGCACAUCAGGAGGACUUUAGGCAAGCAGAGGCUGGUUAGGAUUUAUGACCUUCACCUCCCCACAGAACUCAAACACUACCUUCUCCACCUGUCACGCCACAGUUGGCCAACAGAGGGAGUGCUUACAUAAUAAAUGAUGCUGAUUGAACCGAGAGGACCCUCUGUGGACCAACUUGAUUCUCAAGAGCAGAACUGGGGAUGAGAAGUGUGUUUUAGAGUCAAAGUCAAAGCAGGGAAGUUUGAUGAAAGUCAACGUCGGUCCCAAAAGACAAAAAUGUUGUAUUCAUGAGCUGUCAAUACCCUCAUGAGUUGUCAAUACCCUCAAUAGCGUGGACGUCCCUGAAAUAUCUAAACAUAUUCAGUCAGAAUCACUUUUUAUUUAACAGACUAACUUAACAUCCAGAGAUAAAAGUCAUGUACGUCAACAUCUGACCUCAUAGAGCUUAAUUAGGAAGGUGACCAACGCACCUCAAAUUGUAAUCAAGUAACAUUUUAAUGAGUAUCUCAAAGCUGUAUUUUCUGAUAAAAAUAUAUGUGUUUAAAUAUAUUCUAAUAGUUUGUCUUCCAUGAUUACACACAAUGGCCGCACAAUUAGCGACAGUUGUUUUUUUUAUCACGUAUCGCCAAACUAUUAGAAACAGCUCCCUUGAGCCACUUUUACACUGAUGUUUAAUAGCUGUAAUUUUUCCAUGUUUCUGUUCUUUAGAAAUGUCAGAGACACAGACUAUUGUGUCUUGUCGCUGUGUCACAGUGUGGAAAAAGCACAAAGCUAACAUAUUCCACUGUACUGGGUUCCACAGAAACAAUGUCAGCUUUACCAGUGGUCCCCAACCACCGGUCCGGGGACCGGUACCGGUCCGUGACGCAAUUGCCGCAGAGAAACAUUAAAUAAUUUAUAAACGACUGCAUUUUCUCUGACUUAAUUUUCGCCUGUCCCACUAGACACACCAAUAAGCUUGUUUAUAGAUGUACCGGUAUAAUAAAACUCCUCAUAGGAAGUUGCCAUUUGUUAUAUUUGUUAUAACUUUGUGACACGAUACAAUGCACAUUAAUGAACAUAUAAAAUAUAAAUGUGACAGAUUGUAGCUAAAGGCUGAUUUCCAUCUGCAGUCUGCAUCUCAUUGCAAAGAAACAAGCCCAGGGCUCCUACUAAUUCAGCGUUAUAGUGAGUUGUAUUGUUCAUGCACUUAUUUUUGCUGUAUUUAUCAGGCACGAUUGGAGAGCUGGUCCUUGAAAAUAAUGCCUACAUUAAACCGGUCCGUGGUUCAAAAAAGGUUGGGGACCCCUGAGCUAUACCAUUACGGCUUUGAGUGACACCACUAAUGAAAAAAAUAGUAACAGCAAAACAGUAGGAGACUAGGUAGAGCGCCGUGUGGAACCCCAAGGCUAAUACCAUGGCAUUUCACAUUGCCUGUAAAAGCCAUAUUUUUUUCUGUGUUUUUCAGGUCGCUAUUCUGUAUAAGCAGCAAAAGCGGAUAAAUACCAGUUCUACUAUUAUGGAUCUUGAGUUUUUUUAGUGACCCUUGUCCUGUACUGAAAUAACAGCACGGGACAAGGGUAUUGUGCUUUGGGGAACACAAAAGCUAACUUUUUCACUUGUCACGCUACCUUUUUUGGGUCAAAAGAAGUGAAUGAUUCUUACUAAAUUGGAAUAUAUUUUUCCAGAAAGUUUUUCUACCUUCAAAAGCAUUUCAUUUGCUCCACCGCACCCUUCUAUAAUGCAGAGCUCAUUCAUUUUACAUUGAUCCACUCCCUCCCAAUUUGGCCUAAAUGAGUAUGUUUUCACAGACUGCAUGAGGGCUGGAGGUUAACCUAAUGUUGAAGCAUGUUUUGAUGUGAUGUAAAAUCAAUGCAAUUGAGAAGCUUGUGACUCCUAAAGCUGCCAGGAGAAUGACACAAUGUGGAAUUAGCGUUGUUGGAACAAUUAGGCGGUGAUAAAUGCGUCUGGGGAAUAAUAGCACCGAUGUCGGUUUUGUUCAUACAGUAUAUACUUGUUCCCGUCCGUGU